GCAAGAAAACGUCAGUGAUCGGAUCGGCGAGAGGACAAACAAACGCAGUCCAUAUGACAUACGAUAUUUGGGUGACAAGGAAGAACGUUUUGAUGCGGGAGGGGUUUUCAUAUGAUUAGCGUUUACAUCUGCAUAGUUUGUGGCCUUUGUUGUAUUUCCACAAAGAAAUGUGUAAUUUCGCGUUGUUUGCUUUAAAUGAGAAGAUAACCUUAUAAAAACGUACGUAAGUCAAAUAAUGAACGGAUUCAGUACUGGAGAAGAAGAUUCAAGAGGACCCACUGAUCAAAUCUGCUGUUUGAUAGAUAAUAGUGAACGUUGCAACAAAGUUGCAGGUAAUGCUUCAUACAGUAAACGAAUUCAGAAAACAGUGACACAGAGAAGGUUAAAUUUGGUCAUCGAUAGUUCAGCAAAGCAUAUUUAUAUCUGCGACUUCCACAAAAUGAUCAUCCAAUGUGCAAGAACUAAGCGGAGGAGGAAAGAUUCAGAGGAUGAUAGCAAUGAAACCGACACUGAUGUUCCAGAGGUUGAUUUAUUCCAACUAGGAGUGAACACCUUGAGGAGGUACAAAAGACACUACAAAGUUUCAGCAAGGCCAGGUUUGAAUAAGGCACAACUGGCAGACACACUCAUGAAACAUUUUAAAACAAUCCAAGUGAAAGAAAAAGAAGUUGUGACAUUUUUUAUAUAUACUGUAAAAACAAACAGCAAUAAGUUGGACCAAAAGAAUGGUGUUAACAAUGACGCUACUUAAAGCUUCAGUAGUAUCGAAUUUUAUUGUAAGUUAUUUUCUGGAAAAAUUAAUUUUAGGAGAAAAUUUGCAUUUGUAAAUUACAUAAUAAAAGUUUAUAAAAUCCUA